AUGCCUGUACUUGGGGUUGCCUCAAAACUCAGUCACCCAGCUGUUGAGCCCAAGCCUCUUCACACUGCUCUUCAGAUACCAAAUCUUGGCACAACUCCUUUGCUAUCCUAUUCUUCGAGACCUGUGGAACUUGCUGAAACUCAGAUCUCCAUGCUGUCUUGUCAGCUCACAUUACAGUCCACUUGUGAAUUUGGAGAUCAACACAGCCUCCAAGAAAAGGACAAGGAGAAAGAAGACAGCCAGAUUUACACUGACUGGGCCAACCACUACCUAGCAAAAUCAGGACACAAGCGGCUGAUCAAGGAUUUACAACAGGACAUUGCGGACGGAGUAUUGCUAGCAGAAAUCAUCCAGAUCAUCGCAAAUGAAAAAGUUGAAGAUAUCAAUGGAUGUCCUAGAAGUCAGUCUCAGAUGAUUGAAAAUGUUGAUGUCUGCCUAAGUUUUCUAGCAGCCAGAGGGGUAAAUGUUCAAGGUCUAUCUGCUGAAGAAAUAAGAAAUGGAAACCUAAAAGCCAUCCUAGGACUGUUUUUCAGCUUGUCCCGCUACAAGCAGCAACAGCAUCAUCAACACCAGUAUUACCAGUCUCUGGUGGAGCUUCAGCAGCGUGUGACUCACACUUCCCCACCAUCAGAAGCCAGUCAGGCCAAAAGCCAGCAAGAUAUGCAGUCCAGUCUGACAGCCAGAUAUGCAACUCAGUCUAAUCACAGUGGAAUUGCAACCAGUCAAAAAAAGCCUACUAGGCUUCCAGGGCCCUCUAGGGUGCCGGCUGCAGGCAGCAGCAGCAAGGGCCAAGGAGCCUCCAAUCUAAAUAGGAGAAGUCAGAGCUUCAACAGCAUUGACAAGAACAAGCCUCCCAAUUAUGCAAAUGGAAAUGAAAAAGAAUCCUCCAAAGGACCUCAGCCACCUUCAGGUAUAAAUGGUAAUGUACCGCCUCCCAGCACGGCUGGGCAGCCUCCUGCCUCUGCUAUCCCUUCUCCGAGUGCCAGCAAACCGUGGCGCAGCAAGUCCAUGAAUGUCAAGCACAGUGCCACGUCUACCAUGUUGACUGUGAAGCAGUCAAGCCCAGCCACCUCCCCCACACCAUCUUCAGACAGAUUGAAGCCACCUGUCUCAGAAGGAGUCAAAACUGCUCCCACAGGACAGAAAUCCAUGCUUGAAAAAUUCAAGUUGGUCAAUGCCCGGACUGCAUUACGUCCCCCGCAGUCUUCCAGUUCAGGACUCGGCGAUGGUGGGAAGGAUGAUGAUGUCUUUUCUGAAUCUGGUGAGAUAGAAAGUUUUAACCCUGCUCUGACUAGUGGUGGCUCCACAAAUAGCAGUCCCAAAGUGUCACCUAAAUUGACCCCUCCGAAGGCUGGAAGCAAAAAUCUCAGCAAUAAAAAGUCUUUGCUACAGCCAAAAGAAAAAGAGGAAAAGAACAGAGACAAAAGUAAGGUGUGCACCGAAAAACCAGUCAAGGAAGAAAAGGAUCAGUUGACAGAGACAGCUCCAAAAAAGACCUCUAAGAUUGCAAGCUUGAUCCCAAAGGGCAGUAAGACACCAGCAGCCAAGAAGGAAAGCCUAAUUCCAUCUUCCAGUGGGAUUCCAAAACCUGGCUCGAAGGUGCCAACAGCAAAGCAAACCAUUUCACCAGGCAGCACAGCAAGCAAAGAGUCAGAAAAAUUCAGGACUACCAAGGGAAGCCCUUCCCAGUCCUUACCCAAACCCAUAACCUCAGAGAAAGCAAGCACAUCCAGUUUCCCUGUUCCCUUGGAGGGAAGGGAAGCUGGCCACGCUUCUCCCUCCAGUUCCUGUAUGGGACAAUCAGCACAAAGCAGUGGGCAGAGCACAGGAAAUGGUGCUGUCCAACUCCCUCAGCAGCAGCAACACAGUCACCCGAAUACUGCCACGGUGGCUCCAUUCAUUUACAGAGCACAUUCAGAAAAUGAAGGGACCUCUUUACCAUCUGCUCAUUCCUGUACCAGUCCUACGAAGAUGGAUUCAUCAUAUAGUAAGACUGCUAAGCAGUGCCUGGAGGAGAUAUCUGGUGAAGACCCUGAAACCAGAAGAAUGAGAACAGUGAAGAACAUAGCAGACCUAAGGCAGAACUUAGAAGAGACCAUGUCCAGUCUUCGUGGGACCCAGAUCAGCCACAGCACCCUGGAGACAACAUUUGACAGCACGGUGACAACAGAAGUAAAUGGCAGGACCAUACCCAACCUGACAAGCCGCCCUACUCCCAUGAGCUGGAGGCUGGGCCAGGCAUGUCCCAGACUACAGGCAGGAGAUGCUCCCUCCAUGGGGGCUGGCUACUCUCGCAGUGGUACCAGUCGAUUCAUCCACACAGACCCCUCCAGGUUUAUGUACACAACACCUCUCCGCAGAGCUGCCGUCUCCCGGCUGGGAAACAUGUCACAGAUUGACAUGAGUGAAAAAGCAAACAGCGAUCUGGACAUGUCUUCGGAAGUGGAUGUUGGUGGAUACAUGAGUGAUGGGGAUAUCCUUGGGAAGACUCUGAGGACAGAUGACAUCAACAGUGGAUACAUGACAGAUGGAGGGCUCAACCUGUAUACAAGAAGUCUGAACCGAUUACCAGACACUGCAACUUCUAGGGAUGUCAUUCAGAGAGGCGUGCAUGAUGUCACCGUGGAUGCAGACAGCUGGGAUGACAGCAGUUCAGUGAGCAGUGGUCUGAGUGACACCCUGGAUAACAUCAGUACUGAUGACCUGAACACAUCCUCUGUCAGCUCAUACUCCAACAUCACUGUCCCUUCCAGGAAGAAUGCGCAGUUAAAAACAGAUACAGAGAAACGCACCACAGCAGAUGAGCCAUGGGAUGGUCCUGAGGAGCUGAAGAAAACAGAAGGGGAUUUCGAAAGCCAUGGUGAUGGAGCUGGCAAGUGGAAAGGAGGAUCCUCAGUACUUUCUGAAGACCCUGAAAAGGCAGGACAGAAGGCUUCCCUGUCCAUGUCACAGACAGGUUCCUGGAGAAGAGGCAUGUCUGCUCAAGGAGGAGCCCCAGCAAGGCAGAAAGCUGGUACAAGUGCGCUCAAGACUCCCGGAAAGACAGAUGAUGCCAAAGCUUCGGAGAAAGGGAAAGCGCCCCUAAAAGCACCGUCCCUACAGAGGUCUCCCUCGGAUGCAGGGAAAAGCAGUGGCGAUGAGGGGAAAAAGCCCCCCUCGGGCAUUGCAAGAUCCACUGCCACCAGCUCUUUUGGAUUUAAGAAAGCGAGUGGAAUCGGGUCAUCUACGUUGAUCACGAGCAGUGGAGCAACCAUUACGAGCGGGUCGGCCACAUUGGGUAAAAUCCCCAAGUCUGCUGCUAUUGGUGGGAAGUCAAAUACAGGGAGGAAAACCAGCCUGGAUGGCUCCCCGAACCAGGAUGAUGUGGGGAUGCAUGUGAGCUCCAAAACCACCCUCCAGUACCGAAGCCUGCCCCGUCCUUCCAAAUCCAGCACCAGCGGCAUCCCUGGAAGGGGGGGACACAGGUCCAGUACCAGCAGUAUCGACUCCAACGUCAGCAGCAAAUCAGCGGGUGCCACCACUUCAAAACUGAGAGAACCCACGAAGAUUGGCUCUGGGCGCUCCAGUCCGGUCACUGUCAACCAAACUGACAAAGAGAAGGAAAAAGUUGCAGCCUCAGACUCAGACAGCGUAUCUUUGUCAGGUUCCCCCAAAUCCAGCCCCACCUCUGCCAGUGCCUGUGGUACCCCAGGACUCAGGCAGCCAGGGUCCAAGUAUCCAGAUAUUGCUUCCCCUACAUUUCGAAGGUUGUUUGGUGCCAAGGCGGGUGGCAAGUCUGCCCCUGCACCUAAUACGGAGGGAGUGAAAUCCUCCUCAGUAGUGCUCAGCCCUAGUACCACAUUAGCGCGGCAAGGCAGUCUGGAGUCACCAUCGUCUGGUACGGGCAGCAUGGGCAGUGCUGGUGGGCUGAGUGGCAGCAGCAGCCCUCUCUUCAAUAAACCCUCAGACUUAACUACAGAUGUUAUAAGCUUAAGUCACUCCUUGGCUUCCAGCCCAGCGUCGGUUCACUCUUUCACAUCAGGUGGUCUUGUGUGGGCUGCCAAUCUGAGCAGUUCCUCUGCUGGCAGCAAGGACACUCCAAGCUACCAGUCCAUGACUAGCCUCCAUACGAGCUCUGAGUCCAUUGACCUGCCCCUCAGCCAUCAUGGCUCCCUGUCUGGACUGACCACAGGCACUCACGAGGUUCAGAGCCUGCUCAUGAGAACGGGUAGUGUGAGAUCUACUCUCUCAGAAAGCAUGCAGCUUGACAGAAAUACACUACCCAAAAAGGGACUCAGAUAUACACCAUCAUCUCGGCAGGCCAACCAAGAAGAAGGCAAAGAAUGGUUGCGUUCUCACUCCACUGGAGGGCUGCAGGACACUGGCAGCCAGUCACCUCUGGCCUCCCCUUCUGCCAUGUCAUCUUCUGCCACAGGAAAAUACCACUUUUCCAACUUGGUGAGUCCCACCAAUCUGUCUCAAUUUAACCUUCCUGGACCCAGCAUGAUGCGUUCAAACAGCAUCCCAGCCCAAGACUCUUCCUUUGAUCUCUAUGAUGACUCCCAGCUCUGUGGGAGUGCCACUUCUCUGGAGGAAAGGCCACGUGCCAUCAGUCACUCAGGCUCAUUCAGAGAUAGCAUGGAAGAAGUUCAUGGCUCUUCAUUAUCACUGGUCUCCAGUACUUCCUCUCUUUACUCAACGGCAGAAGAAAAGGCUCAUUCAGAGCAAAUCCAUAAGCUAAGGAGAGAGCUGGUUGCAUCACAAGAGAAAGUUGCUACUCUUACAUCUCAACUUUCAGCAAAUGCUCACCUCGUGGCAGCUUUUGAAAAGAGUUUAGGGAAUAUGACUGGCCGAUUGCAGAGUCUAACCAUGACAGCAGAACAAAAGGAAUCUGAGCUUAUAGAACUACGAGAAACUAUUGAAAUGCUGAAGGCCCAGAACUCUGCUGCUCAGGCAGCCAUCCAGGGAGCACUGAAUGGUCCCGACCACCCUCCCAAAGAUCUCCGCAUCAGAAGACAACAUUCCUCAGAAAGCGUGUCUAGUAUCAACAGUGCCACAAGCCAUUCCAGCAUUGGCAGUGGUAAUGAUGCCGAUUCCAAGAAAAAGAAAAAGAAAAAUUGGGUGAACUGUAGAGGAAGUGAGCUGAGAAGCUCUUUCAAACAAGCCUUCGGAAAGAAAAAGUCCACCAAGCCUCCUUCCUCUCACUCGGACAUCGAAGAGCUUACUGAUUCCUCCCUUCCAGCCUCCCCAAAACUGACCCAUAAUGUUGGAGACUGUGGCUCAGGAUCCAUGAAGCCAUCUCAAUCUGCCUCUGCGUCACCCCUUGUCUGGCCACCAAAGAAAAGGCAAAAUGGCCCUGUCAUCUACAAGCAUAGAUCUCGGAUCUGUGAAUGCACAGAGGCUGAGGCAGAGAUAAUUCUGCAGCUCAAGAGCGAGCUCAGAGAAAAAGAAUUAAAACUAACAGAUAUUCGGCUGGAGGCCCUCAGCUCUGCCCACCAUCUUGAUCAGAUCCGGGAAGCCAUGAACAGGAUGCAGAAUGAAAUAGAAAUACUAAAGGCUGAAAAUGAUCGGUUGAAGGCUGAAACUGGUAACAUUGCUAAGCCUGCUCGGCCACCAUCAGAAUCCUCCAGCACUGCAUCUUCCUCUUCUUCCCGGCAGUCCCUGGGGCUUUCCCUCAACAACUUGAACAUCACAGAGUCUGUUACCUCAGAUAUUUUGCUUGAUGAUGCUGGUGAUGCAACUGGACAUAAGGAUGGCCGCAGUGUGAAAAUUAUAGUCUCUAUAAGCAAGGGCUAUGGUCGAGCAAAGGACCAGAAGUCUCAGUCAUAUUUGAUAGGAUCCAUCGGUGUUAGUGGCAAAACCAAAUGGGAUGUCUUAGAUGGAGUAAUUAGACGUCUUUUUAAGGAGUAUGUGUUCCGAAUUGAUACGUCCUCUAGUCUCGGUCUGAGCUCUGACUGUAUUGCUAGCUACUGUAUAGGAGACUUAAUUAGAUCUCAUAACCUAGAAGUGCCUGAACUGCUGCCUUGUGGAUAUCUAGUGGGGGAUAAUGACAUCAUCACUGUGAACCUAAAAGGGGUAGAAGAAAACAGUUUGGACAGUUUCGUUUUUGAUACACUUAUUCCGAAGCCAAUUACCCAAAGGUACUUUAACUUGUUGAUGGAGCAUCACAGAAUUAUACUCUCAGGACCAAGUGGUACUGGAAAGACCUAUUUAGCAAACAAACUUGCUGAAUAUGUAAUAACCAAAUCUGGGAGGAAAAAGACAGAAGAUGCAAUUGCCACUUUCAAUGUGGAUCACAAGUCAAGUAAGGAAUUGCAGCAGUAUCUAGCUAACCUGGCUGAACAGUGCAGUGCUGAUAAUAAUGGCGCAGAGCUCCCAGUUGUAAUCAUUCUUGAUAAUCUCCAUCAUGUGGGCUCUUUAGGUGAUAUCUUCAAUGGUUUCCUCAACUGUAAAUACAACAAAUGUCCAUAUAUUAUUGGAACAAUGAAUCAGGGAGUUUCUUCAUCACCAAAUCUAGAAUUACAUCACAAUUUCAGAUGGGUAUUAUGUGCAAACCACACAGAACCUGUGAAAGGCUUUUUAGAGAGAUACCUUCGAAGGAAACUGGUAGAGAUGGAAAUUGAAAAGAAUAUACGGAAUAAUGACCUGGUUAAAAUCAUAGAUUGGAUUCCAAAGACGUGGCAUCAUCUCAAUAGUUUUUUAGAAACACAUAGUUCUUCUGAUGUUACCAUUGGUCCUAGACUUUUUCUUCCCUGCCCUAUGGAUGUAGAAGGUUCUAGAGUAUGGUUCAUGGAUCUCUGGAACUAUUCUUUGGUACCAUAUAUUCUAGAGGCAGUGAGAGAAGGUCUUCAGAUGUAUGGGAAACGUGCACCGUGGGAAGAUCCCUCCAAGUGGGUUCUCGACACAUAUCCCUGGAGCUCAGCAUCUCUGCCUCAGGAAGGCCCAGCAUUACUUCAGUUGCGGCCAGAAGAUGUUGGGUAUGAGGGAUGCACAUCUACUAAAGAAGCCACAACUUCAAAGCACAAGCCACAGACUGACACGGAAGGAGAUCCCCUGAUGAAUAUGUUAAUGAAACUCCAAGAAGCAGCCAAUUACCCGGGCACACAAAGCUGCGACAGUGAUAGCACCAGCCACCAUGAAGACAUUUUGGAUUCGUCUCUUGAAUCCACCCUCUAGGGUGCAAAAAAAAGGGGGGAAAAGAAGUUAGGGGUAAAAACAAUGCAUUUUAACAAAGUGUUUUGAAAGACAAAGGUAUUUUCACAAAACGUAUUUCACUGCCAGUAUGAAAGUCCCCUGUCCAGGGCUCUGACCCAGUCUUGUGGUCACCAAGGAGGAAACAGAACUAAGAUCAGAAGCGCCAAGAUGCUAAGUUGUAAUGGGAGCUUGACUUUAUUUUAUUUCUAGGCAUUUUGAAUAUCCACAGAGCCCUUGCAGGCUCUAUGACCCGACUGGAAAGAUCUCUCAUGACAGGGCAACUGAAAAUAGCUUGCACACAUGGGUUAGCCAGACUGGACUUUCCUUUUCCUUUCUCUUUAAAAGUUUACAACGUCAACCUUUUCUUUUUCUUUUCUCCCUUUUCCUUUUGUUCCUUGCCUGUUCUCCCCAGGCAGAGUCCCUUCUGAUCUGUCCAUCCACCUCCUUGGGGCCACCCUCCUUGGUGCUGGUCACAGGGCUCCAGUAGUGUUUGUGUUGUACACCACCCCAUUCCAGUGAAUCCAAGAGGCUAGUCCUCCAGAAGCACAAAAGGAAUUGUGCAACCACCAGGAAAACACUACUGUGGCAAACUGGAGAAUUGCCAAUUUCACUCACACUGCCGUGUUCUCGAUCACAUGCGCCACCAACUUCUUAGCGUCUGAGUCGCAGGUUUUAUAAGGUUGUUUUUACCACAGUGGUCUUUUUAAACCACCUACCCACUCCCUUAACAAGAGUUUUAUACCAAUUAUUAGUCCACACUGACAAAAGGCUUUUUAGGGCUUUAUUUGUUCGAGCCUUUUCAGUGAAAGAAGGAACAUUUCCUAUGGUGCUGUCUCACUGCCUUAAAACAGAUUUCUACAAUGGUUUACCAGUUGGUUCAAAUCCAGAAGUAUUGGUAAUUUCCUCCGUCUUUUUAAUUUCAUAGCUAUGCUACACCAGUUAACACAGUAGCCUCAUCUCUAUAAAUUGCUGGGGGGAAGGUUUUGUUGCUGUUGUUUCUUUUCUCUUUCUCUCUUUUUUGGAGAAAUGGAUAGGAGGACUAUCGGUAUGUUUACCUUUGAGUAGAUUGUUUUCCCUGUCCUCUACGUGACUUGAGUACUCUUAGAAACCCUCUUUGACCGUUGCUUCAAAGUAGAAACAUGUGGCUAAAUUCCAUCCAGUUCUAACUGAAAAAAAGAGUUUCAGAAGGUGGGAGCUUUUGAAUCCUGAUCCAGCAGAGCCAGGAGCACGAGAGGAAGCCUGAGCACAACUAUUUGGUUUUCUUUCCAUGUUCUUUCAUUUCCAUUUCUUUUCUUUUUUUCUUUUUAGUUUUGAUGCAUGUUGUUUUGAUCGCUGUUAUUGUACAUGAGAAAUUCAGCAUUAAAGAACACUGAAGCAGUAAAGUCACUGUGGAAAGAGGGAGAGUUGAUACUGUAAAAGAAGGUUAGAUAUGCACAGUCUACUGGGUAGGUAUUGUAAAUAAUAAUGUUUAUCAAAGUUGCACAAAUCAAAACAAACACAAACAAAGUUGUAUUUUAUCCUGUUGGUGUUUUAAGAGGUGUUUCACUUGCUGAGAUUUCCUGUAUGUUGCAAACAAAAGACAGAAUGCAAAUCCUCAAAGCUGUUAUGAUCUGGUGUGUUUGUCCUGUAUUCACAGUUGUUAUGACUACACAGGAGCUCUCAGUGCUACAGUGAGCAUGCUUCAAAACUGUCCAUGAAGCCAGUAUAUUUUUGGAAUCAGUAAAACUGUCUAAAAGUAUAUCUGUGGUGGCAGGCUUUAGAGUGCAUGAAAACUGAUCAGAGUCAUUGGAGAAGUUAACCAUCUCUCUCUCACACACACAUACACACACACACCACACACACACACACACACACACACACAGAGGACAGGUUUGUAGUUCAUGAAACCCAAGGGCUAGGCCAUGGUGUUGACUUGUUCUACGCAAGGGAAAAUGAUGUGCUACUUUUCAGAUGUGUAACUGGUGCUAUCCUCUGUGACCACCCCAUGGGUCAGUUGCUAUCAAACAAGUCAUAUCAAGACAUCUGUGCAGUUUUCAGAGCAUCACUAAGUGUAUAGGUCCUUAUAAGGUGCUAUUGCCCUGAGGGAAAUCUGAACUGAAUUAUGCACAUGGAAUUGUCACCCUGACUUUCAAGCCUCAAACAAGGAUCAAAUCUGUUGUACAACAUCCAUAUAUGUAGCUGGAUGAGUGACUUUUGCCCUUGUAUAAUAUGUGAUCUAUGAAAAUUGCGAAUCUUUCCCUGCCAUUUUGAGAAACACAGUCCAAACAUGAGCAUAAACAGAAUUUCCUGCAAUACAUCCAAUAGGUCCGCCUAGUUUACAACUUAAACUAGUUUGUGAAACAUUUGUCUGUAUACAUUUUAUAUUUUGUACAUUUUCUGAUGUAACAUAUCAUGUAAAUAGGCAGAAACAGUGAGAAAUAAAUCAUCUGACAAGGUUUUGUAGUCUUUGUAAAGCCCCAACAAUAAGUACUUGGUGUCAAUGGACUUAACUGGAUGACGUAUUUUCUAUUGGUUUAUUGUUCCUCUCUAGCUUGUAAACCAGCUUGCAUAUAUUUUUUUGCAAACGUGCACCCUGUAUCUGUCUAAAUUAUUACUUUGCCAUUAAAGUGGAAUUAUUUAUUGAUGACAAGGUGUGGUG